UGAAGUUACAGCUCUUUUACCUUUAACUAUUAUGUGAUCGACUCGGGUUCUUGUUCCCAUCUGCAUAGCCCAGUUACCGGUAUAGGAAGAGCCUUAAGCGUUGUGUUUUGCUGCCAUACUAUUUUUGACAAUCUCAUUUAUUUUUAAUGUUACAUUCGGGCUCCUUAACCUCCAUUUUCUCCCCUGUCCAGCUAUAGGGUUUUAAGUUGUAUUAACAAAUUAAAGAUUUUGCUCCCCCAAAUGUGCAGUUUUACAUUUUCAAAGCACCUAAAAGCCCUCCUCUUAACCGCUAAAGAGAAAACAACCAUAAUGAAAAUCCAUGCUUUCAUGCUUAAAACUAAGCUCUCCACAUAUGGAAACUCCAUUGGCCGACUCAUUGCUACGUAUGCUCGUAUUAACGAUAUCAUAUCAGCUCGUAAAGUGUUCGAUGAAUUGCCCCAACGAAGUGUAGAUAGCUUCAAUGCGAUGAUCAUAGCAUAUUCUCGUAAAGGAUCCCCAUCUGAAGUCCUGGGUAUUUAUAAUCAAAUGAUAAAAGAGAGUGCCAGACCAGAUAGCUCUACUUUUACCGUUGCACUUAAGGCAUGUGUGAGCUUGAUGAACUUGAACAUGGGAGAUAAAAUUUGGAGUAAAGCAAUGGAUUCUGGUUAUGAAAACGAUGUGUUUGUUGGGUCAUCUAUGUUGAAUUUGUAUGCCAAGUGUGGCAAAAUGGAUGCGGCUAUGGUUGUGUUUGAUAAGAGGCAAAGAAAGGACCUUGUUUCUUGGAGUUGUAUGAUAAAUGGGUUUGCCUAUAAUGGCCAGCCAAGUGAAGCGAUCCAUGUAUAUAGAAGGAUGCAAAAGGAGGGGACUGAAGGAGAUGAGAUUGUGAUGGUGGGGUUGAUUCAAGCUUGUGCUGAUCUUGGGGACUUGAAAAUGGGGCUCUCAAUUCAUGGUUAUAUGAUUAGGAGAGAUCUCGAUUUAACUGUCAUAGUUCAAACCAGCCUUGUGGAUAUGUAUGCUAAGAGUGGACAUUUAAAUCUUGCUUAUCAGGUUUUCAAGAAGAUGUCCCGCAAAAACGUUGUUUCUUGGGCUGCACUAAUUUCUGGCUCUGCGCAAAACGGUUUACCAGGAAAUACCCUUGAACUUUUAAUUGAGAUGCAGAGUUGUGGGUUUGAACCCAAUUCGGUGUCUCUCAUGAGUGCACUUUUGGCAUGUUCACAAAUUGGUUUUCUAAAAUUGGGCAAGUCUAUACAUGGAUAUAUUGUCAGGAGGCUUGAGUUUGAUCGAGUUUUGGGCACUACAGUGAUCGACAUGUAUUCAAAAUGUGGAGCUCCUUCUUGUGCACGUGCAAUCUUUGAUCAGAUGGAUUAUAGGGAUGUAAUCUCCUGGAAUGUAAUAAUUGAUACCUAUGGGAUCCAUGGACAUGGAAAGGAAGCUCUAUCACUCUUCCUCCAGAUGACACAAACAAAAAUAAAACCAGAUCAUUCUACAUUUGCAUCUCUUCUAUCAGCUCUUAGUCACUCAGGACUGGUAGAAGAAGGUCAAUACUGGUUUGAUCUCAUGGUUAGUGAAUAUAAAAUUCUACCAACUGAUAAGCACUGUGCUUGUAUGGUUGAUCUUUUGGCUCGUGCAGGACGAGUGGAAGAAGCACUCGAGCUUAUAAAUUCCAUGAAAAAUGAACCGGGGCUUGCUGUUUGGGUUGCCCUGCUAUCAGGCUGCCGGAAUCAUAGGAAAUUGUCCAUUGGAGAGAUCGUGGCAAAGAAGGUCCUUGAGUUAAAUCCGGAUGACUUGGGAAUUCAUGCGUUGGUAUCAAACUUCUUUGCCAUGGGAAAGAAGUGGGAUGAAGUAGCUGGAGUAAGGAAGAUGAUGAGAAAAACAGGGAUGAAGAAAGUGCCAGGCUAUAGUGUAGUUGAAGUGAAUGGAGAGCUCCAUGCAUUUAUAAUGGAAGAUAAGAGUCACCAUCAAUACGGAAAUAUCGCGUAUUUAUUGGAUAAGUUGGACCAAGAGAUGAGAGAAACAGCAAGUCUUCCAAAGAUUGAAUAUUGCAUUAGUUGACAAGAAAGUGAACGAAAUUGCUGAUUAGAGUAAGAGACUUGCCAUCGCUUAUGGCCUUCAAGAGAUGAGCAAAGGCCAGAGUACUGUUAAAAAUGGAACCUUAAAGUGGGUGGAGAUAACCAUAAAGCAACCAAGUUAAUCUUCAAAAUUAACAGAAGAUUUUCUGAGAGAAAUUUCAAUUACUUUUUCAGUUUAAAAUUUGCUCUCCUUGUUGGCCAAUACUUCAACCCCAAACCUAAAAUUGCGCAGAAGAACCAUUUUUCAGUUCAUCAAUACUGCAACUGGCUCACAGAGGUUAAACAGAGCCUGUAAUACUAAAUUAAUCACUAUUUUAUAUUUUAUGCACUCGAGGAAACCAUGGCUACCAAAAUUAGUAUAUGAUUUCCGAAGAAAAUCCAUCUGUAGAUCGAAUCCAUAAAACGAAA